AUGUCUAAUAAAGACUAUGACGUCGAAGAAAUUCUGGACUCACGACGAAAGGGUAAUAAAACUGAAUAUUUGGUUCGUUGGGCGCCCACCUGGGAGGCAGAAGCCGGUCUACACUGUGCUAAACUACUCAAAGAGUUUAAAGCAAAUAAAAGUGAUUCAAAUGACGCAAAUGGUAACGAUGGAAAUGAAGACGAAGAUGAAGAUGAUGAAGAAGAAGAAGAGGUUAAUACUUCUAAGCGCGGAUCCACUCGAAAGGCGGCCAAAGCGGGUAAUCGUAAGCGUAAAGCCACACAAAAGGCAACGACAGCCAAGAAAUCAAAACGCAGGCGAUAG